AUGACGGUUACGUCCGUGCUGCCUCCCGGGCCAUCCGCUUCGCUUCCGAGCUCACCUGCUGACCAGAAGUCGGUUUUGGCAGUGAUGGAGGCUAUGGCUGCGGUGGAUCUACCACUGCCGGAAUAG